AAACCGUCAACAUGGACGCCCCAGCACCCCUUGCACCACAGAUGCAGCCCUUUCAGAGGACGUAUGGUAACCCUGUAUGUCUUUCAUGAUUUACUACUACUAUGUCAACUGCAUGUAAUUGGCUUUCAGGCACCUUUGGGUAUGCUGGCUUAUGGUACCGUCUUCUUGUGCUCGCCAAUAUUGACGCUCGCCUCCAAAAGCGUUGGUCAACCCAAAUUGGUCUUGGUUUUUGCUACUUUCUACGGCGGCAUCUCACAAACGCUUGUGGGCAUGUGGGAGAUGUUCCUUGGUAACACGUUCAGUGCAACAGUAUUUACUACCUACGCAGGUUUCAAUUUCUCUUUUGGUGCUCUCUACCUACCUCAAAUCGGUCUCGCGGCUGCAUACACUGUUGACGUGGUUGUUGGGCAGGAGUUCUACAACGCCAUCGGGAUCUACCUCGCCAUCUGGGACUUGAUUACGUUCCUCUUCUUCCUUGGCGCACUUCGCACAACCGCCCCCAUCGUUGUAACGCUCGGAUUCACCAUUUGCGCGCUCACGUGUCUUUCCAUAAAUACUUUCACCGGCAACCCACACUUUGCAACUGCAGGUGGUGCCCUUGGCAUCAUCGCUUCCUUCGGUGCAUACUACAGCGCCUUCUCGCUCUUCUGGACCCAACAAACAACGUUCUCCUUUAUUCGCCUCCCUCCCCUCAUCACAGCCCCUUCUAAUGUUUAAGUACUGUGCUAUUAGUCUUCAGCCGAUCGCUAUUUAUUUUCUUCG